GUCCAAUGCUACAAAUGAAGAUAACCCAUCUGUCCUGGAAGAGAAAAACAAUGAACAUCAGUGUCCACACAACCAAUUAACAAGAAAAAUUAUAUAGACACAAGAGAUAAACAACAGAAUCUUAUGUACAAUUGGAGAUUUUUCCAAUGUUAAACAACAUUCAAUCUCUUCUCUUCCUUAUCGGAAAAUAUUUUGGUAUACUGAGAAUUUUGGUAUCACAAUAAUGUCCAGUGACAAUCAAAAAGUUGCAGUGGAAGUGGCCAUUGGAGCGCUUGGAAAGUGGAAGGACACGUAUAAAUGGGUUCCGGUAUUUGGUGCUAUUACUGCAAUUGCAAUGGCAUUUUCUGUUGGUGCCAACAAUCUUCCAGCAUCAUUUUCGACACCAGUAGGGUCAGGGACACUGACUCUGUUGCAGGGCUCCAUAGCAGCUUGUUUGAUUUAUGUUCCUGGUGCAGCCUUCGCCAGCAACAGCACUGUUACUGCUUUAUUUUCAGAUUUCAUUAAAGAAAAUCAACCUAAUGAAGGUUUGUUGAUGUGGAGUAUGGUGGUUGUUGUCAUCACUGCAACAAUCUGGCUUGUUAUUGCCACCUGCUUGGAGUUGCCAGUUUCAUCUCAGCAAUCAAUACAGGGUGCCCUGUUAGGAACCAUGCUUGUUACUGAAGGUUUUAGCUUCAUACCCUUGUGGAACAAGAAUGAAAAUCACAAUUUCAAUGGUGGAGGUAUCCUUUGGAUCUUCCUCGAAUGGACUGUAGCUCCAUUGAUUGCCUGUUUGUUGGCGUAUUGCCUCUUCGCCAUCUUGAAGGCUUCUAUGCUUCGUCGAGAAAAUGCCAGGAAAAGGAUCCUCAUUUUUCUACCCAUUUUCUAUGGAAUAACUGCAGGAAUGCUAUGCUUCUUUGUCAUGUAUCAGGUCAUACCAAAUUUUAAAAAUGUCUAUAACUGGAUUACAAUUCUUGCUGUCGCAAUGGCCACCUUGAUUGGAGCCUUAUUUUCUCUGGUUGAGGUUGUCCCAUUGGUUAGACGAAGAUUGGACACUGCCGAAACUUUCAAGACCACAAAGAAAAAAGGCUUCUCUGAGGCAUCAUGCAUAGAAUGCCAAGACCGAACUUCCAAUACUGAAGCAGAUGACAAUGAAAAGUUUGAGGAAGCUUUAAGAGAUUUUAUGCAGAGGAAAGUCCUUGACACAGUCUAUGAAGAGGAUGAGCGGAGCUGGGCUUCUGCAGAACCAAUCACAGAACCUGAACAAGUUCAACCAGUUUCUCAGUCUACCGCAGGACAAGCAACUCCACUGAAACAACUUCUUGAGUCUACACCAAAUCAUUUGGUUCAAUCACGAAAUUUUCAGAAGAUUAAGAAAAAAACAACAGAGAAUCCCUCUGAACUUAUUAGAGAUUUUACAAGAUCCAAAAUUUUUCCUGUAAUUGAGUAUGACAGGCAUACACUAAUCCGUCACGCACUUGCAGAGAAGUUUGAUGAUAUGGAAGACCUCUUUGGUUUUCUUCAAGUUCUAGCUUCUUGCAUGUUUGCGCUUAUUCAAUCUGCUAGUGAGGUUGCUGCUGUUGUGAGUCCAUUUGGAGCCAUUCUUGAUGUUUUUACGCACAGAGCGAAAUAUUCUGGAAAUGCAGAAGAUGUGGGUUCUUUACAUGUCAAUUGGUGGUUUAGAGCACUUGGUGGACUUAGUGCCUCUAUGGGAUUCUUUCUGUGCGGAUGGCGACUGACUCAGUGCCUUGGGGGCAAGCUGACAUACAUAAGUAACUCGAGAGGAAUGGCGUUGCAACUGUCCUCUGUGGCGACAAUGAUCAUGUUGACAAAAUUGAAGCUUCCAGUGUCAAGUGUUCAUGCUUUUAUCGGUUCUUCUGUAGGCGUUGGUAUUGCUGAUGAUCCUCGGAAUGUGAAUUGGAGGUACCUAGUGAAAAUCUUAUGCGGGUGGGUGAUCACCGUUCUGUUCUGUUGUUCAGUUUCUUUUGCGAUAUAUGCCUUCACAAUACACUCUCCUGCCUAUAUAGUGCCAUGAUAUUGCCAUGAGGCACCAUCAUUCCAGUUCCAUUUACACUGGUUUAGUACCAUGUAAUUUUGUAAUCAUAUUGUUUAUUCAAAAUUUUGGGACGAUUAUCAUUUUUUUUUUGGGUUCAAAUGCAAAUCGAUUAUCCUGUGUAAAUCUUUGGAGCUUUGACAGGAACAACUUCUUUUGAUACCUUGGACAAAUGAACACAUGGUGAGAAUACACAUACAAAAUGUA